CCACUUCCACGUUAAAUUGGUUGCCGCUCCGAACCACCCUGGCAGCGCUACACUAUGCCGCUCUCCGACUCCACCUCCGCGCCGGCUGAGGAGCGCCUCCCAGAAGGGCUCCGGCCGGAGUCGCUGCCGCGGCACGUGGCGCUGGUGAUGGACGGGAAUUCUCGGUGGGCGGCAGCGCGGGGCCUGCCAGCGACGGACGGGCACGAGCACGGGAUGCGCGCGCUGGAGAAGACGCUGCAGCUCUCCCGCGCCUGGGGCAUCCGCGUGCUCACCGCCUUCGGCUUCUCCCUCGAGAACUGGAAUCGCUCCAAGCCGGAGGUUGACUUCUUGAUGGCCUUGAUCGAGAGGUUUAUCAACGGCAACCUCGCCGACUUCUUGAGGGAAGGAACCCGUCUACGUAUAAUAGGUGACCGCACAAGGCUGCCAACUUGUGUGCAGAAGACUAUACGAGAUGCCGAAGAGGCAACAAGGAACAACUCGCAGCUCGAUCUUGUCCUAGCCAUCAGCUACAGCGGCCGGAUGGACAUCGUGCAAGCAUGCCGGAAGCUUGCCCAGAAGGUGGACGCCAAGCUUCUCAGGCCAGAGGACAUCGACGAGUCGCUGUUCGCCGACGAGCUGCAGACGAGCGGUGCAGCAGACGAAUCCUCCUCUUGCCCGGACCUGCUCGUCAGGACCAGCGGCGAGCUGAGGCUCAGCAACUUCCUGCUGUGGCAGUCGGCCUACUCGGAGCUCUUCUUCACCGACACGCUCUGGCCUGAUUUCGGAGAGGCCGAAUAUCUCCAAGCCUUGAAGGCCUUCCAGAGCAGAGACAGGCGGUUUGGUACAAGAAAAUAACAAUAAUGUAGCGCGAUAAAGAAGUGGAUUGCACGCGUGACCCGAUGCUCGAUCAUGCUAGCGAUUCCAUCUCUCCACUCCUCGGAGAUCUUCGGUAUCUGUAUCUGGCUUUAUAAUCAGUUUCUAUUCACUUCAAAUAAAGUGUUUCCGU